UUUUUGAAAAUUAGUUUUUUAUAACAAACAGUUUUUUUAUAACAGCACAAAGUGCUAUUUUAUUAUACAUAAUUUAUAUAAAUUUUAUAGUUUCUAUAAAUGUUCUUGCAAAGUAUCACGCGAAUACGGUAUUGUGGCAAUCAGCUGCUCUUAGUUUAGCAAAAUUAAAGUUAUUUAUUUCUUACAAGUUUAAAUAUUACAUAUAUAAAUUAAACACCGGUAUUUAAUUAAUGAAUACAAUACGUCCUUGCGGGUGCAAAGGUGUACGCACCUGUCUUCAGUGUGAGAAGGACUUUAACAUUCAAAAACCAUCACUUCUUCAACAACUCAAAGACCUGCAAGCGUUUUCAUUUUGCCCCCUAUGCGAGCGCCUUUUCGAAGGUUGGAACCCGUGGGAAGUGCGUGACCAACAUCCAGAACACAACAAUCAUGAAGGAUUACCAUUUCCCGGAAUGUUUGUGCAGGAGCAAUUCCUGUGUACCAAUGAAAGUGAGGAGUUAAUGGAAAAUUUAGAUGUGUUGCCGUGGGCAAUAUCACAAAGUGGCCGUCGCAAACAAAAUUUCGGACCAAAAGCCAACUUUCGUCAACGAAAGUUAAAGAAUGGUAACUUUAAUGGUUUUCCGUUAAGUACACGUUUUAUACAACAGCGGCUACGUGAGGUGCCAAUAUUGAGUGACUUUCAGACAAUUGAGCAAUGCUCACUGGAGUAUGAACCAUCAAAGGGCGCAUCCAUCGAUCCACAUGUAGAUGAUUGUUGGAUAUGGGGAGAACGUGUUGUGACUGUGAAUUGCCUUGGAGACACAGUACUGACGCUGACCGCUUUCGAUGCCUCGACAAAUCCGAAAAAAUAUAAUUUGAAUUUAGUACCGCAUUAUGAGAAACAAUUACUUUUACCGUUGCUGGAAACGAAGCAAUUGGAUUUCUUCAAGGAUAAAAUUAUACGUGUAGCUAUGCCAAAUCACUCACUGAUGGUAAUGUAUGGACCCGCGCGCUACCAAUUCGAACAUUCAGUAUUGCGUGAGGAUGUGAAAAGCAGGCGUGUUUGUAUUGCUUAUCGUGAAUUUACGCCUAUGUAUAUUGAUGGUGAAAACAAAAUAAAAGGCGAUGAGGUAACACAGAAUGCACAAAAUUUCUGGACGGACACAAAAAAAGCAACUGUUGAAGAAUAAGUAAUUAACAUUUUAUUUGCAUAAUAUAUUCAUAAAUAAGCUUUUCUGUUUUAUUUUUUACUUUACAAUACGAUUUUGACAAUUGAACCUGCUAAUAACCACAAAA